CUUCAACGCGUCUAACACCGUCAUCUAUAUCUCCACUGUCAUAAACCCAAAUCUUAGAUCUUCAUAUGUCCUUCCCAUUGGUCGGAAAACUCAAACACUUCACAAAAAACCAUGAAAAAUAAUCUCCCACACCUCCCUGAACGGCGACUCUUCAUCGCCUUAUCCGCCAUAACUCUCAUCGCCGCCGGCCUCCUCGUAUUCACCUUCACCGGUCCCGGCAACCGCCGCUUCUUCUGCAAUCAACCCAUCUCCGAUAACUUUCAUUCCAUGACAUCUCCGAUUCAACUCAAAGCCAUCCUCCACUACGCCACUUCCCGAAUCGUCCCUCAACAAUCGUUCUCGGAAAUCACCAUCUCCUUCGACGUUCUCCGAUCGAUUUCCCCCUGCAACUUCCUCGUUUUUGGGCUCGGUCACGAUUCACUGAUGUGGGCUUCGUUUAACAGCCGUGGAAGAACGCUGUUUCUCGAAGAAGAUCCGACGUGGGUUCAGACGGUGCUGAAAGACGCGCCGGAUCUCAACGCCGCCGUCGUUAAGUACCGAACGAAGCUUUCCGAAGCCGAUGAGCUUAUGAAUACGUACCGAUCGGAACCGGAAUGUGCUCCGGCGAAAUCAUACAUCCGGGGGAAUACCCGGUGCAGGUUAGCACUCACGAGUUUACCUGAUGAGGUGUACGAUAACGAGUGGGAUAUGAUAAUGAUCGAUGCACCGAGGGGUUAUUUUGAUGCAGCGCCGGGAAGGAUGGCUGCGAUUUACUCCGCGACUGUGAUGGCGAGGAACAGGAAAAAGUCCGGCGUGACGCACGUGUUUUUGCACGAUGUUAAUCGGAAGGUGGAGAAAGCUUACGCGAACGAGUUUUUGUGUCAGAAGUAUUUGAAGCAUGCGGUGGGACGGUUGUGGCAUUUUGAGAUACCGCCGGCGAGUAACGUGACCGACGGCGGUUGGUUUUGCUAGGAUGAUUGGUAGGAGACGAGUGUUUUUGGACUUUUUAGUAAUUUAUUUUUAUUUUUA